UGGCCUGACGUUAGCUGUGGCGUAGACCCUAUAAUAACGGCGUGCCCUGCUCGGGUUCUUCCUCUCCCCAACCGCCUCAGAGAUGAGUCCCCCUGUCCCCGCCGUGGGGCUUGAAGGUGUAAAACCGGAGCCGGGCAACAUCCUGGCGCCGGGGCUCUGACCUCCGGUGGGAAGCGUGGACUUGCGGUGGCUGCGGUGCUGCUGGCCGGUGGGACGCGGGGAAGGUCGUCUGCGUGAUAAGAAUAAGUACUCGCCUCCCGGCAGCGUCGCCGUCAUGGGGAAGGACUACUACAAGAUUUUGGGCAUCCAGACUGGUGCCAAUGAGGAUGAAAUCAAGAAAGCCUAUCGGAAAAUGGCCCUGAAGUAUCACCCUGACAAGAACAAAGAUCCCAACGCUGAGGAGAAGUUCAAGGAAAUUGCAGAGGCUUAUGAUGUUCUGAGUGACCCCAAGAAGCGAGCUGUUUAUGACCAGUAUGGGGAGGAAGGUCUCAAAACCGGAGGUGGCUCUUCAGGUGGCUCAGGGAACACUUUCCACUACACCUUCCAUGGAGACCCCCAUGCCACAUUUGCAUCCUUCUUUGGAGGCUCCAACCCUUUUGACAUCUUCUUCUCUACCAGCCGCUCCCGCAUGUUCAAUGGUUUUGACCAAGAGGAUGCAGAUACCAAUGACGACGACGACCCUUUCAGUGCCUUCAGCCGGUUCGGCUUCAGUGGCAUUAACGGCAUUCACCGGAGGCACCAAGAGUCCCUGCACACACGGAGGAAGAUUCAAGAUCCACCCAUCAUCCAUGAGCUCAAAGUGUCCCUGGAAGAGAUCUACCAUGGCUCCACCAAGAGGAUGAAGAUCACGCGCAGAAGGCUCAACGCUGAUGGCCGGACCACGCGGACUGAGGACAAGAUCCUAAACAUUGUCAUCAAACGGGGCUGGAAGGAGGGAACCAAAAUCACAUUCCCUAAAGAAGGGGACGCCACUCCAGACAACAUCCCUGCUGACAUCGUCUUCAUCCUCAAGGACAAGCCUCACUCGCAUUUCAAGAGGGAUGGGACGAAUGUGAUCUACACAGCAAACAUCAGUCUUAAAGAGGCCUUGUGCGGCUGCACCGUGAACAUUCCCACCAUCGACGGGCGGGUGAUCCCCCUUCCCUGCAGCGACAUCAUCAAGCCAGGAACAGUGAAGAGACUUCGUGGGGAGGGUCUGCCCUUCCCAAAGGCCCCCUUCCAGCGAGGAGACUUGAUUGUGGAGUUCAAAAUCCGCUUCCCUGACAGGAUCGCUCCCCAGACAAGACUGAUCCUCAAGCAGCACCUCCCAUGUUCCUAGAGCCUGGGAACACUCCUUCAAGCAGCAAUACUCUAAACGCAUGUGCCACCGCACCUUGACCCGCCUGGAGCAGAGGUGCCACAGCACUUUUAAAUGCAAAAAAAGCUCCAACAUUCACACCACUUCCCUUCACCCAAACAAACACCCAACCCACCUCCUGCCCAUCCCUCCCCCGGCAUCCUUCUCUCCCCACAUCCAUCGCUCUUGGCCUGUUUUCUACUCUAGCAGCAGAGAGGCUCCUGCCCAUCACGGCUCUCUUGGCUGCCAAACUUGUAGUUUUUUCCCCAGAGGUCCAGCUUUUCCACCUCUCACACGUGAGCAGUGUGGGCCCUUUGCCCAGGGAGAUGCACCACAGUGUGGGUUUUUUUACGUCACCUGCUUCUCAGGCCAUUUCUCUCACAAGAGGCUGGGCCUGCUGGGGUCUGGCAGUGUAAAUAGGACUCCGCGGGAUCUGGCACCCCCAGUGUUGAUUUUUCACUUCCCCACUUUGAUACUUGCUGCUGUUUGGGGUCCCGGCUGUACCACAGCGCUGAUCGCUCCUGCCUGUGGUUAGCCCCCCUGUAGCUGGACUGUUUCUCACCUGGGACCACGGUACCGAGUCCGGCCAUGGUCCACUCUCCUGUGCCAAGCUUACAACCGAGCCUCGGCUGUGCCAAGAGACAGAGCACGUGGGGACGGUCCCAUCCAGCUUCCUGCCUCUGCCCAGGGCUGUCCCCUGUGCCUGUGGGCGGCGCCUGCCUGCAGCCGCUGCCCACAGGGAUGGGGGGAAAGCCCGGGGUGGAGCUUCCUUGUUCAGAUGUGUUGAGUUUGCAUUGCUGCUUUCUUUUUCAAUACGUAUAUAUAGAGCUCGUUAGAUAACUCUGUAAGGGUUUUUCCCUCUGCCCGUUUCGGGAUAACUGGCGUGUUGCACCUUGACUUUUCUAUUGGGGAUGGUUCAGUCACAUGAACAUCAAACCCCUGUGAUAGGGGGUGUGUAGCACAAGUCUGGGUGCAAGCGCAGAGCCAAACGUGAGCAGAGCUGUGGGUUUCACUAGCAUUUGAGGUCAGCCUUCGGGAUUUAAUAAGAAGACAGGUGUGUGUGUGUGUGUGUAUAUAUUUUUCUACAGGGACAAUUAAUUCAGGAGGUAUUUCUGGCCAUCAGGGUGGAGCUGGGAGGCACCAGAGGCAAUCUACUUGGUGGCUUCAUUUUCAAAUGCUGUAUUUUUUUAAAACCUUCGGAAUUUCCAUCGGAAGAAUUUUUAUAUUUCCUAACUUUCUCAGCCCACCCUGCCUCGUGAGAGUUCUUUUUAAAUCAGAAAGGCUCCUACGGAGCAGGAGGCGCGUUUGACCUGGCUUUGCACAGCUCUGCCACCACGGCACCCCUCAGAAAAACCUCUGCCAAGAUACUCCCCCCGCU